GAGACCCCCUUUCGCCGCCAGACCCGCAUCCCGGCGGAGGCGCGGCCAGCGCCGUCCCUGCCGGGGCAGGGGAGCGGCCGCAGGGGCGGGACGCGCCGUGCCAUUGGCCGCCGGCCGCGGUCUGAUAGCGAAAGCCCGGCCCGGGUUGGCGGCGCCGGGCCGAGGGCGAAGCCAUCGCCUUGGUAACCCCGGCGGGGCGCAGCGGCCGGUGCCGGCCGAGGGAGCGCUCCCCGCUGGCGCCAGCGCCGCCGCGCUGGCUGGGCUGGGGCGGCGCGGACGGGACGGGACACGGCGGGGCCGCGGCGCGGGCAGGAUAUUAUGGUUUUUUGACCAACCACCAACACCUGUGAAAGCAGAACACAAAGAAGAAUGCUGCUGUGUGUGUAACAGUAUGCUGUCCAUGGUCACGUUUAGGUCAUCUUGUGGAGUCUUCCAAAGAAGCAAGAGUAAUAAUAAGAAAAUGAUGUUUAAUAGAAGUAUCUUCGCUACGCAGUCAGAUUGAAACAGGAAAGGUUUUUUGGAGCUACAUGGUUAUGAUAUUAUUGAGAUUCCAUAAUGCCUCCUGCUGUGACAGACAGUCUUGACAUCUGGGCAGUGGAUUCACAGAUUGGUGCUGAUGGCUCCAUAUCUGUGGACUUCCUGUUGCCCACUGGGAUCUACAUCAACCUGGAUGUCCCUCGAGAUGCCACCAUAUCUCAUAUUAAACAGCUGUUAUGGAAGCAGGCACAUGCCUAUCCACUCUUCCACCUCCUCAUGGAGAUCGACUCUUACAUGUUCUCCUGUGUGAAUCAGACUGCUGUACACGAAGAAUUGGAAGAUGAAACCCGGAGACUUUGUGAUGUUAGACCCUUUCUUCCUGUCCUCAAACUAGUGACAAGAAAUUGUGAUCCAGGAGAAAAGUUGGAUUCCAAAAUAGGUGUCCUUAUAGGCAAAGGUCUCCAUGAGUUCGAUGCCUUACAAGAUCCUGAAGUGAACGACUUCCGAGCUAAAAUGAGAAAGAUCAGCGAGGAAAAGAUUCAGUCCCUUGUGGGUCUCUCCUGGAUGGACUGGCUGAAACACACUUACCCACCAGAGCAGGAACCUGUCAUCCCAGAGAGCUUCCAGGAUAAGCUCUACAGUGGAAAUCUCGUAGUGGCUGUUCAUUUUGAUAACUGCCAGGAUGUCUUUAGUUUCCAGGUGUCUCCUAACAUGAAUCCCAUCAAGCUGAAUGAGCUGGCAAUCCGAAAACGUUUGACUAUCCAUGGGAAAGAAGAUGAGGAAGUUGAUCCUGCUGACUAUGUGCUGCAAGUUAGUGGAAGGCUAGAAUAUGUUUUUGGUGAUCACCCCUUAAUUCAGUUCCAGUACAUCCGCAACUGCGUGAUGAACAGGACCCUCCCUCAGCUGACUCUGGUUGAGUGUUGCACCAUAAAGAAGAUGUGUGAGCAGGAGAUGAUUGCCAUAGAAGCUGCCAUAAACCGAAAAUCAUCCAACCUUCCUCUUCCUCUGCCACCAAAAAAAACAAGAGCGACAACUAGUGUAUGGGAUAUUUCCAACCCUUUCAAGAUUAUUCUGUUGAAGGGGAAUAAACUAAAUACGGAAGAAAAUGCCAAAGUUCAUGUUAGGGCUGGUCUUUUCCAUGGUACAGAGCUCCUUUGUAAAACUACUGUAAGCACAGAAAUAUCUGGGAGAAGUGACCACGUUUGGAAUGAGGAGCUGGAGUUUGAAAUCAAUGUCUGUGACCUGCCAAGGAUGGCAAGGCUCUGCUUUGCAGUUUAUGCUGUGAUGGAUAAGAUGAAAACUAAAAAGUCCACCAAGGCAAUGAAUCCUUCCAAAUACCAAACAAUUAGGAAAGCAGGAAAAGUGCAUUAUCCUGUAGCCUGGGUAAAUACCAUGGUGUUUGAUUAUAAAGGACACUUGAAGAAUGGAGAACUGGUACUGCACAGCUGGUCAUCAUUUCCUGAUGAACUUGAAGAAAUGUUGAAUCCCAUGGGAACCGUCCAGACUAACCCUUACACUGAAAAUGCAACAGCUUUGCACAUUAGAUUUCAGGAAUAUUCCAAACAGCCUAUCAAUUACCCUCCCUUUGAUAAGAUACUUGAAAAGGCAGCUGAGAUUGCGAGAAACAGCGACAAUGCUGCAAUGGCGGGUCGAGGUGGUAAGAAGUUUUAUGUUGUGCUAAAAGAAAUAAUGGAAAGAGAUCCUUUAUCUCAACUUUGUGAAAAUGAAAUGGAUCUCAUUUGGACUUUGCGAUAUGACUGUCGUGAAAAUUUCCCACAAUCAUUGCCCAAACUGCUGCUCUCUUUAAAAUGGAACAAACUUGAAGAUGUUGCUCAGCUUCAGGCCCUCCUUCAGAUCUGGCCCAAGCUGCUGCCCAGAGAAGCUCUGGAACUGUUGGAUUUCAACUACCCAGAUCAGUAUGUCAGGGAAUAUGCAGUGGGUUGUUUAAAGCAGAUGAGUGACGAAGAGCUCUCUCAGUAUCUUCUCCAACUUGUGCAAGUCCUGAAGUACGAGCCUUUUCUGGAUUGUGCACUGUCCAGGUUUCUCUUGGAAAGAGCACUCGCCAAUAGGAGAAUAGGACAGAUGUUGUUCUGGCACCUAAGGUCGGAGGUUCACAUCCCUGCUGUCUCAGUGCAGUUUGGUUUGAUUCUGGAAGCUUACUGCAGGGGAAGUGUUGCUCACAUGAAAGUGCUCGCUAAACAGGUGGAAGCCCUUAAUAAAAUGAAGACUUUAAAUAGUCUAAUUAAGCUGAAUGCCAUGAAGCAAAGCAAAGCAAAAGGAAAAGAUGCCAUGCAUACGUGUUUGAAACAAAAUGCUUACAGAGAAGCACUUUCUGAUCUUCAGUCUCCUCUGAAUCCUUCUGUUAUACUUUCAGAACUGCAUGUUGAGAAGUGUAGAUACAUGGAUUCUAAAAUGAAGCCUCUGUGGAUAGUGUACAACAACAAAAUGUUUGGAGGAGAUCUUGUAGGGAUCAUCUUUAAAAACGGUGAUGAUCUCCGCCAGGACAUGCUGACGCUCCAGAUUUUGCGUUUGAUGGACAUCCUUUGGAAAGAAGCUGGGCUGGAUCUCCGGAUAUUGCCCUAUGGCUGUUUGGCAACUGGAGAUCACUCUGGCCUUAUUGAGGCUGUUUCCAGUUCAGAAACCAUUGCUGACAUUCAGUUAAACAGCAGCAACGUUGCUGCAGCCGCUGCCUUCAACAAGGACGCGCUCCUGAACUGGCUGAAGGAAUACAAUUUAGGAGAUGACUUGGAUCGAGCCAUUGAAGAAUUUACUCUGUCUUGUGCUGGCUACUGUGUAGCUACUUAUGUAUUAGGAAUUGGUGACAGACACAGUGACAACAUCAUGGUCAGAAAAAACGGGCAGCUCUUUCACAUAGAUUUUGGGCAUAUUCUUGGAAACUUUAAGUCCAAGUUUGGAAUUAAAAGGGAACGGGUACCUUUCAUACUCACCUAUGAUUUCAUUCAUGUUAUUCAACAAGGAAAAACAGGGAACACUGAAAAAUUUGGUCGGUUCCGGCAGUAUUGUGAAGAAGCCUACCUGAUCCUGCGGAAACACGGGAACCUAUUUAUUACACUCUUUGCACUGAUGUUGACUGCAGGGCUUCCAGAGCUGACCUCUGUCAAGGACAUCCAGUAUCUCAAGGACUCUCUUGCCUUAGGGAAGACCGAGGAAGAAGCACUAAAACAAUUUAAGCAAAAGUUUGAUGAAGCACUCCGGGAAAGUUGGACUACUAAAGUGAACUGGAUGGCUCACACUGUUAGAAAAGAUUAUAGAUCCUAGAAGACUUCUGCAUUUGCACUAAGCUGAAGGUUAGCUUGAUAAGUGUUUUUAGAGGGUGUCUGUCCUAUGGACCAACAAAACUUCAAGAAUCGUUUGGAUAACGCUCUCAGGCUCACAAACAACGAAAAGAAAUGGACUGAAAUAACUCCUGAGUCUUUUGCACUCUGCUUCUGAAUGCUUGAUUCCAAGACUGUCUCUAGAAACAGUGAACAUCCUGGAUAAUCAGUUCCUGCUGACUUUGCACGCUGAGAGCUACUAGGCAUUUUUAAAAAUUCUUUGGUACUUUAUGGAGGUGUAAAUAUUUGUUUUUAUACGUUAGAGUAAUGUACUCUAACAUACUCGGGAGGGUUGAAGACCUCUGACAGAACUGUUAUUUGUUUAAAGUUGGGACUUGAAGAGUAAAUUUUUUUUUAUAUCCUAAUGUGGCUAAAAAUGACCAUAUUGUGUAUAUUUUUCAUAAGACCUCUGCCCUCCUGGCACAGAUGCAUUAAUUCUACUGUAAAUAGCAAGCACAGUGUCACUGUACUGCAGGGAGCUGCUCCACGUCUCGUGCUGCUGCUGAAGGAAGGGUGGAUGUUGGCAGGGUUGGGGAAGGACAGGAACAUCUUUGGGAAUGAUGCAGCAUCCAAAUGUUCAGGGUUGCACAGUUUUGUUCCUCUGACAUAACACACACAAAAGAAGCCCUUUAGAAUCAGGAAGGUGAGGCAAAUUCCAGACGUGCCUGUGAAUCCCUCGUGGUCUCCCGCUCAGCCUCUGGGGCUUUGCCCUCAGUACCUCGAGGGGCACAUUUGGUUCAGGUUCAGCAAGAAGCUUCUCACAGCCUUACACUGAAAUUUGUAUCUCAGAUUAGUUGCUCCCUGCAAAAUGUACUGACUUAUGUAAGAGACAUUUUAAUUCAAUAUAUUACACAAAGUGGUUUUUAGAGCCUACACACCAAAAACCCCAAAACUCCAAGGCGAAGUCACUGGUCUUUUCUUGCUGUAUUUAUUAAAAGCUUGCAGUAAUGUUGCUUUACCAAGAUAUAUAUGUCAAAGAUGGUUGCUGAAGAAACUGGAUUUGUUUUAAUUUAUUUAGUGAGGUACCAGGCUUGUAGGUGCUUAAAUGGAGAGCAAAUUUGUUACGUGCAAUAGGGAACUGCUGGUUCAAAGAUGUAACAUACUGUUUCUGAACAUCAGCAAGAGAGAUUUUAACUACUGCUUGUUCUCCAAGGAACACUGGUAGCUCUUGAUUCUUGUUGACAUUUGAAAGAGAAUUAAACAUAUAUAUUUACCUUUUGACUAAACAGUUGUUCUGCAUAGAAAUGUUGGUUUAUUGUUGGCAGGAAUUUAGGGAAAGGUGCUUUUACUUUGUUGAGAGUGGUUUAUUUUUGUUGGUUUGGGGUUUCCUUGUUUCUUUUAGAGGUCAAGAACCUACCUGGAGCCAAGGUGGCAUUCUGUAUUCUCUUGUCCCUCACCCAUUGGGCUUAUCUAUCUGAACAGACUUCUGGUUCUAGAAUAUGGUAAAAGUAACAAGUGGUUUCUGGUUUGGUUUUGUUGGGCUUGAUUUUUUUUUUUUUAUACAAUAUAGUAGCAUUAAAAGUGCUUUUUCCCCUGGGGUUUAUAUAUAUAUAUAAUCUACAACAGAUGGCAGGAAAGCUAAAAAGAAACUACAUUGGAGGUGAUAACU